AUGAAAUUCUACUCAGUAAACUUGCUCCAAUUUCUUUGCAUAAUUCUCUUUUCAAUAUUUUCAUCAUUUGAGUCGAGUAACUACCAUGAUUAUGCAGAUGCAUUGUCAAAAUCAAUUUUAUUUUUCGAAGGGCAGAGGUCCGGGUACUUGCCGUGGGAUCAGAAAAUUACUUGGCGGGGAAAUUCCGGCGUCGGCGAUGGGUGGACGUCUGCGAAUACCGACCUGACCGGUGGUUAUUAUGACGCUGGCGAUAACAUUAAGUUCAAUUUUCCAAUGGCAUUUACUACCACAAUGCUGGCGUGGAGUGUGAUUGAGUUCGGAGAAUACAUGCCGCCGUCGGAGCUGAGGAAUGCUUUGGUUGCAAUCAAAUGGGGCACGGAUUAUCUUCUCAAGACGGUUUCGCAACCCAAUCGUAUUUUUGUUCAGGUUGGAGAUCCAAUUAUAGACCAUAACUGCUGGGAGAGGCCAGAAGACAUGGACACUGCUAGAACAGUAUACACAGUCGAGGCUCCGAAUCCGGCCUCUGAUGUUGCCGGUGAAACAGCUGCAGCCCUGGCUGCCUCUUCGAUUGCAUUUAGAUCAUCUGAUCCUGGAUAUGCUGACACACUCUUGCGGACUUCCAUCAGAGUAUUCGAUUUUGCAGAUGGUUAUCGAGGAGCUUAUAGCGAUAAUUCAAAUAUCAGGGAGGGUGCCUGCCCAUUCUACUGUGAUUUUGAUGGAUAUCAGGCAAGCAUUCUUCUCAAAUACUUAUACAUGUUUGCAUGGCUUAGAAGAGCUUCUCAGGGAGAUUCUUACCUCAAUUACAUACAAAACAAUGGUAAAACACUUGGUGCAGAUGAUAACAUUAAUGAAUUUGGAUGGGACAACAAGCAUGCUGGUCUAAAUGUCCUAGUUUCUAAGGAAGUGUUGGAAGGGAGCGCGUACACCCUCGAGUCAUACAAAGUAUCAGCAGAUAGCUUCAUGUGCACACUGAUACCGGAUUCUUCGUCCUACCACAUCAAGUUCAGUCCCGGUGGUCUCAUUUACAGGCCUGGUGGAAGCAACCUGCAACAUGCCACAUCCAUUUCUUUCCUCUUGCUUGUAUACGCCAAUUAUUUGGAAAAAUCAUCGAAAAUCCUGAACUGCGGUAGCAUUUCUGUCGGGCCAAAAAUGCUUAGACAAAUAGCCAAAAGACAAGUUGAUUACAUUUUGGGAGAUAAUCCUAAGGGAAUGUCUUACAUGGUAGGGUAUAGCAAUUACUAUCCCCAAAGGAUUCACCACAGGGGAUCUUCACUUCCUUCCAUUAAAGAUCAUCCCCAACCCAUUCGGUGCAAGGAGGGUUCGGUUUACUUUAACUCAUCCGCCCCUAAUCCAAAUGUGUUGGUGGGAGCGGUGGUGGGUGGACCGGAGGAAGAUGAUGUGUACGAGGAUGAUAGAGCUGAUUUUCGAAAAUCGGAACCCACAACUUACAUAAAUGCACCAUUUGUUGGUGUGCUGGCAUAUUUUGUGGCCAACCCUAACCUUGCUUAA